UGUAACUGGGCUUUCUCGCAUUAAACGCUAUUGGCGUUGUUGGUAUGCAUUAGUCGCUGCACUGAUUUGUGUGUGUGUUGUUUUUAAUUUAUUAAAAGCGCUAUUAAGCAUGCUAUGUGAAAAGUAACUCGAAUACCAUAGAGCUAAGCUUUGAGAUUCGAUUAAAGCUAAGCUUCAUUCACCCACCCUGUCAAAAUUAUGUCUAAUGUCGAUUUAAGACGGCAGCUCUUAGAAUUUUUUCAGGCUAACUUCCACAAAGAUGUAAAAUUAAUAGAUAUUUGCCGAGCUGUACAACAGCCGAAAAAAGUAGUUAAUAGUGUCCUGUAUAAUUUGAGAAGUGAAGGUAUUCUGCAGAAAGUAGUAGAAAGUCCUCCAGUUUGGAGAGUAAAUGACAAGUUAUAUGACAGGUACAAUCAAACACCCGUUGUCCCAGAUGUAACUCCCUAUCACUACACUUUGAAAGAUGAAAGCGUUAUGCCAUGUAUCACCAAAAAUAAUAAUUUUGCCGUUUUAUCUUCAGUGGAAAAUAAUAGGUCCGACCCAAUGUAUGUUAAGGAGCAGUUGGUUGCCUAUCACACAGUAGUCAGCAGUAGCACAUCAGAGGAAUUUUGCCAGUCAUUUAAUGGUCGUCAGAUUACGGCACCUACUUUUCCUAUGCAAAAUGCUGGGAGUAGCAUUAAUCCGUCAGUACUUCUGUCAAAACCUGCUGAAGCAGUUCUUAACAUUUUGCACAAACAAAAAGGUCCAUUAUCAUCCAAAGCUCUGUGCAGUUUAUUGGGAUUUCCCGAACAUAUUGUGAAAAUGGCUCUUCAACACUUAAUAUCUUUAGGACUAGUUUUUCAAGAUAAUUAUUCCAUGUUUUGCACAGUUGUUAAUAAAAGCAAUGCAAUUCCACAGGAUGACAUUGUAUUGCGUAUCAUAAAUUAUCUGAAAAGGGCUCAAACAGCUAUACAUACCAAAGAUCUUGUUAAAGGAGUUGGACUCAAUAAUAAAAAGGAGAUUAAUCCUCUGUUGUAUAAAUUACAGCAAAAAGGAGUGGUCACCAAAGUGAAUGAAUCUCCACCUAUGUGGCAACUAGGAGAGCAAAUGGUCAACAGUAUCGAUAAAACUGUGAAACAAACAGAUGUCAACUAUAACAAGCGGGAAGACCAAACAUUUAUGCACAAUGGAAUACCAACUUGUGCACCAAAAGAAAUUGAAUACACAAAGCCUUUGACUCCAUUAGGUGGCCGGCAGAAAUACAAGAAUGGAGUAAAAGGCUUGUUGCCAAACAACCUGUCAUAUGAGGAGUCAAGCUCUGCGAAUGAAUCGACUUCCGAAGUGAACGCGAAUAACGCGUACGCUGAGCCUAAUAGGUCUCAUAUGAAAAAUGGAGGUGAUAUACCUGACAAUUUGCUGAAGAAUUAUCAGGACGGAGCUUCCAUUGACACUGCAUCGUUACCGAUGACUCCUGACUUAAUGAAUUUGAUGAGCUCCUUGCAGACGCCAAGUAUGACCAAAAACAACGAAUCUUGCAAGAUGGGUUCUGGUUCAUCCAAGUCAUCUCCUUCAGACAAUGACACUCCUCAUGUCAAUGGACGCCCGAUGGGUUCAAGAAAUUCUAGACAAAAUAACGAAUCUGGAAAUGCAUCUCGGAAGGCGGCUGCGGCAGCAGCAAAAGCUGCAGCCGGUAAACUUCCCGAACCAAACUCGGCUGCUCACUAUGUUAAUGAUGUCCUCAACAGUGAUAGUUUUGCAGCCCUGAUGAAAAAUCCUGUUAGUGCUCUGUACGAAUACGGACAAAGAAACCACAUUGAUACAAAGGUAGAAAUUGUCUUAUCAGAAGGGCCACCACAUAAUCCAAGGUUUAAAGCUGUAGCAUACAUGGGUGAUGAAGAACUAUCCACAGCAUGGGACAAGACCAAAAAGGAUGCCCGUCGGCAAGCAGCAGAGCUGGCUGUCAGAGGUCUUGUUGCCAAUGGUGGAUUUGGGAAAUUUAGCUCAUUAGCUACUAGUCCAGAAACAGUGAACGAACUUCCACCUGUGGUCAGUCAGUUUGAUAUGAUUGCUGCUUUAAGUCACAAGACUUUUAAUGAACGAGUGCUGCAGGUUCCAGAAUACAUGGGCGGUCGUAAAGUUUUGGCUGCUCUUGUUAUGAAAAAAGGUGACUCUGACUGCAGGGGGACUGUGAUAUGCCUUGGAACUGGCAAUAGAUGCAUAACUGGUGAAGGUUUGAGUCAAGAUGGAUUAGUUGUAAAUGAUUCGCAUGCUGAAGUAAUCACACGAAGAGGUUUUCUCAGAUUCUUGUACAAACAACUGAAAACAUAUGAGCAUGGCAAGGAUCAUGGUGUUUUCCAGCCAACAGAAGAUGGUAAGCUUGAAAUCAGACCUGAUGUAUCCUUUCAUCUGUAUAUUUCCACUGCACCUUGUGGAGAUGGAGCUCUAUUUACGCAUAAUUUAAAACCUGGCGAAAAAGUAGAGCCUCCAGAUGACAAUGAUAGUCAACAUCAUCCUGUGUUCACCAAGAGUCUACAGGGACUUUUAAGAUCUAAAAUGGAAGCUGGUGAAGGAACCAUCCCAAUUGAUACAGAAUACAGGUUCCAGAGUUGGGAUGCUAUCCUCCGGGGUGAAAAACUGCGGACAAUGUCCUGCAGUGAUAAAAUUGCACGUUGGAAUGUCCUGGGACUUCAGGGAGCACUUCUCAGUCACAUCAUGAAACCUGUUUAUUUGCAGUCUGUUACACUUGGUAAUUUAUACCACCACGGGCAUCUGUCUCGAGCGGUUUGUUGUAGGCUUGUGGGAGAACCUGACUUAAAUGAGCUCCUUCCAGAAGGGUACCGCCUGAAUCAUCCGGACCUGGGCCGAGUGAUCGUGUGCACGCCUUCGCGUGAGACCGAGAAAACCAAGCCCCACAGCAUCAAUUGGUGCCACGAGGAUGAACGACCGGAGUUGACAAGCGGUGUUAAUGGUACCUCUGACGAAAGGGCUGGAGGACAGUUGCAAUCCCGUUUGUGCAAGGCAGUUCUCUUUCAAAGUUUCAAGGAGAUUGCUACAAAAUUUGGAGUUGAACAUCUCUCUAUUCUUACCUACGGCGAAGCGAAAAGAGCAGCCAAAGACUUCCAAGCAGCAAAAGAGGUACUCUUCAAUAGAUUCCAGCAGCUGGGCCGUGGCACCUGGAUCCGCAAGCCAGAGGAAGAGGAGGAAUUUAUGUAAUCUCUGCUAUUUAUCAGCAUUUAAUUUCACAUUAUUUAAGAGAAAAAUCUUUAGUCUUGAAAUCAAUAUAGGUUGCAAUGCAGAUCUAAACUCUUAAUGAAGUUUUAUAGUAAGCAAUUUGAAGCAGGUGACCAUUUCUAUAUUUGGAGGAUUUCUUUACUACUGUUAUUCUAAUUUGAAAGCUUAUGUAGAGUAUGUUUUGUGCCAUAUUCUUUAGUAUUAUCUAUCAUUUGAGUUUUUAAUUGUUUACUGUUUUUUAGAUAAAUGUGUAUCCUAGCAUAAUGUUUUAUGUUCCUAAGAGAUAAGAAUUUUAGAAAUUGUUGCCAAAAAAAUCUUAAGGUAAAAAGGUAUAAAAAGUCGCUGUUUCCAAGUUUGAGGUUUUAAAUCUUAUAGCUGGAUAGGUUAAAAUUUUACUGCACUUCAUCUAAUAAAUUGAAUAAAAAGUCAUUCUAAUUUAACCUAUCGAGAUACCUUCUACUCUAGUUAAACAUUUACAACACAAAUCUUAAUCUAAUAUAUGCAGUUUUAAACUCUUUACUUUGUUAGAUAGUUUGUAGAUUUCUCUCGUGUUAUUGACUUUCUUAGGUACAGUUAUUCUGUCAGUACUAUCUAUAUUCAUUCUGUCUCUAUGCAUUGUCUAACUGAAGAGGAAGUGAUCGAAAAGGAUGCUUUCUUUAGUUUUCAUCUUUUUAAAAAUAUUUCUUCUUUAAAGGAUUUAAAUAAACUUCAAUGAUUCACAAUUUUUAUUUGAAACAUAUCUGCAGAUGAUUUAAAAUAAGUGUAACAGAAUAAAUCUGCCCUUUUUAAUUUUCUCUGGUGUGGUGAGAUUUCGGCUGUUAUGGCAACAGUGGCAAGCAGGCAGGGGAGUAUCGUUACAUCACCAAAUGCUCUUUUUAACUCCUGAAUUUCAGUCCAGAUGCAUGCAGUAUUUAUAUGCAUUAAAACUGUGAUAAGAUAAAAAAAAUAAUAAAUGGAAAUAACAAAUCGGCAUUUUAGCUAAUGUUCAAUAUGGAGAUGCCAAAGUUUCCUAAUUAAUCUAAUCAGGAAGUUCUCAAAUUCUUGUACAUCCAUGUUGAAAGCUGAAAUGAUACUUGUGUGUAGUGUGCAAACUUGUCAAAGUGGUGUUAAAUGUUGUUUUUGUGUAUUUACUUAACUGUCCUUUCAGUAAUUUAGAACUGCUUAUAAGAAAGUGUAAAUAGUCAAAAUGUAUCUGUUGUAUUGUCAUGUGUUGUCUCAAAACCUGUCAGAAAUCGGUGCAGUGUUCUCAUUUCAAUCAAAUGGGAGACACCCUUUGAAGAGGUCCAUGCGAGAUUUCUCCCAUAAAUGAUACAUAAUGGACUAGAAUUAAAAAGGAAUUCAAUCGCAGUAGUCUAGUUUCCCACUCUGUCUUUGCUGGAUUUCCAGGGAAAUUCACUGUUAAAUGUUUUAGAUCAACAUUUAACUGUGAUAAAAUAAGUAUUUCCAUAUAUAUAUAUUUGAUAGAACUACCUUUUAAACCGUUAAGUUUUUUUUGUGUUUUGAACAAACUUUAUGCCAUUGAGAUCUUAUUUUGCGCAUCAUGAUUUUCUUUUUGUGUUUUUUUUUUCUUUGCCAAGUUUUUUAAGCUGUUUUUGUUACUUUAUUUUUAACUGGAGUUUUGUAUUUUUGCAUUUUACUUCAGUUGGUAUCCUACGUGAAAAAUUGACAUUUUUUUUAUGUGAUAGCAUUUACUGCAUUUUACUCAGAGUAUGUUAUAUGUAUUUUUGAGUGUUCUCUUGUGAAAAGCAGCUAGUAUUUGUUGUAAAUAUGGUUUCAUACGUACUUAUUAUUUUUAUUGAAUCAUUUUAUUUUUCAGCAUCAUAACGCAUUGAUUGUUAAAAAAAUAGUCUCGAGGUUGUAAAUUUUUUUAACGUGUCAUUAAUGGAUAAUUGUAUAGUAGUCUGCUGCAUAGUUCAAAUACAUUCUUAUUUAAUUCCAUUGACCAAUCAUUCUAAUUAUACAUUUUUGAGAACAUAAUAUAGAAUGAAAAAAUUUAUAGAUUUGUGCUUUUUUUUUGUUGAAUUUAUUUUCAAUUAUUUCAAUUUUUAACGCACAUUUUUUAGCUAUAUAUUUCAAUAUACUUUUUGAGCCAUUGCUUUAAUUUUUACAUUAGUCUUCCAAGAAUAUUUCUUUUUAAAAAAUCUCUUAUGUGUUAGAAAUUACAUAUCUGAAAUGUUUUAAUGAUUAUGCUUAUGACGACAUUAAAAACCACCUAGAAUUUCUUUGAAUCUUUGAAUAAAAAUGGCUGCUUAAUUCAGCACAAAAAUUUCUCUCAAUCUUUAAUGAUUACUUUGAUUGAAUUAAUUUGCCUUUCACUAUAAUGAAAAAUGUUGAUGAAUUAAAUUUUAUUUGCUCAUUCCUUGAAUUGGGACUUGGUUUCUGAUUUUCCCCUCCUCUAGAUUUAGUUUGAAGAAUUUGAAGAGCACUCAAAAUUACUAAUUCUACAUUAUAGCAAUUGAAGUAUAAUGAAAAUUUUAGGUAAAAAUGAUAUAGAAUUUUGAAAUUAAAAUUUUCGAACUAUUCCUGUUAGUAAAUUUACAGGAUUUUCAUAGUUUCAGGAAUACUGUUGUAGAUAAUGCAUUUGCCUAACAAAGUUGCAUAAUAGUUUAUUGUAGCAAAUUUUGUAGUUUUUUUAAAAAUAAAAUAUGUACUGAAAGUA